CUGGGCGCGCCAUUUCAGGUCCACGAUAAAGGACCCGCGUGCGCAGGCGCGCAAAAUUGAAGUUGCCAGUAACGUAAAAAUGUUCGCACUAUCACAUACGAGCCAAGCCAACAGUAACUGCUAGUAACAGCGAAGGCACGCACACAGAUAUGCAACGAAUAACGGCGAGGCGCAACGCGGGGCGCUGUCGGGCCCCAUCGUGUGCAGGCUCGCUUUUGCAGAAACGCGAGCUUAUAGCUAGACAUGCAAGCAUUCAUUAUUCACACUCAUUACACAGCCCUAGAAAAUUAACGAUGCCGCGUAAGGUUGCGCGCGCACCGCCGACGCGCAUCGGUCCUCAGUUAAGUGGGCUCGCCGCGAGCUCUCAGGCUCUGACGCAGCACUCAGCGUUCAUCGGGCUGGUGGGCUGUCUCCUCUUCGUUUCGGUUGCUGCAACCUCGUACAUUUCGUCGGUAAACGAGCGCGAGCGACUGGCCGCCCACCGGGCAAACAUGGCGCAGCUGCAGGCGGCCCAUCAGGAGAACAUGGCGCAGCUUAAGGCAGCCCAUGACGCAGACAUAGAGCAGCGUUUCGCGGCCCGUCAGGAACACAUGAGGCAGCGUGAGGCAGCACGCCAGCAGGAAAUGGAGCGGCGUGAGGCAGCCCGCCAGCGGGACAUGGAGUGGCUUGCGGAGGCCAUCUGGGAGCGGCAGCAGCUGUUGGAGGCGAGAGUGGCUGCAGCGCGUGCCGGAGCGCGUCAUUGACGACACGCACCCCUCGGACUCGGCAAGGCUGCGGGGCAAGCUGUCAGGACGAGUGGGUGUUGCGCUGCUGGCUCACUCUGGCGCUGGCUGCUUGCCUGUGCUAGGGUCCAUUGUCCGCGAUUAGAGGCGGUAUCGUGCGGGUGUUUGCCUCCUCCGUGGCUACGUGGUUGCAAGGGUAGCGCCAGGGGCGGGGUCAGGGUUGUGCAGCAGCCCGAGCCACGGCUGCAGGGCGGCCUGGGGCCUGGAGGCCAGAGGGUGGCGGCUUCACAGGUUCUGUGCGGGGGCUCGGGCAGCGACCUUGCGACAUGAAUACACGUAAUUAUUGUCCAUAGGCAUGUGUCGGGGUCGUGUGGUUUCGAGGCGGCCAGUUGUGGCAGGCAGCGGCUCCGGCUCUCGUGUGUGUGUGUGUGGCUACAAGGUGGUGCACGCACAGCAGGUCAUGACGACGUGCUCAGGCGACUGGUGACUCGCCGAGGGCGGGUAUCAUGGAAACCGAAUGGACGGAACCUUACGGCCGCGGUAUGUGCUGGGUAGUUCGGAGCCCUGCCCUCAGGGGUGACCUGCAGGCCUGCACGGCGGCGGGAGGGCGAGUGUCGUACCAGACAUGUGCUCGUGGGGCCAGGGGGGCCAGGGGGGACAGGGGCCGGGCGGACCGUGGUGUUUGAUGAGGGUGCUCCGCAUUCACAUCGGGGCGGUGAUUAGGAAGUCGAGUGCGGGUAUGGGGCUGUGCUAGCCAGGGCACGCAGUCAUCAAUCAGGCAUACGGCUGGCGUAGGUGGAGUGGCUGGUAGGUGAAGUGAGCCCCGCCAUUUGCGGAGGGGGUGGGCGCGCUAUGGCGCUUCUAUGGAGCUACACUAGAG